GAAGAAGAAGAAGUAGGAGGAGAUGAUUCCAUUGGAGAAAAGCUCUGAUGCAAUUUUUCCUUUUCAAGUCAAUGAUGAGCAAACAAAAGUGUAUAUUGCCGGCGGCAAUACUUCCGAUCAACAGAGUCAGAAACGGCAGCUUGAGAUUCGUGGUUCACGUCCUUCACCUCUUAUAGUCAGCUCCCACAAAAUCAAGAAACCUCCUCAACACCCUGCGAAUCGUGACCUAGUCUCGCCUUAUGUUCCUAGAGUGACGGUGGUGGUAUCUCCCAAGGUGGUACACGCCACCGCGUCGGAGUUCAAGAACGUCGUUCAGCGACUCACCGGAAUCUCCUCUAGUUUUUUUCUCGAAUCUGGCGACGGUGGAGAUGUUUCACCGGCGGUUAGGCUAUCUUCGAUGGAAAAAGCAGCUGAAUCUCCGGGAAUACUAUCGCCGUCUCCAGCGAUGUUGCCAACAGCAAUAUUUCAUCAAGGUGGGAUGUCUACGUCGGGAUUCAUGAGCCCGUCUCAAAGUCCUAGUUAUGCUAAGCUUACUUCCACACAAGAGGCUCUUUUUGACACGGAAUUAAGCAUUGGCUUCUCAAGGUUUGAGCAACGAGAUGCUGCAAGUCUAGCUACCAAAAUAGAGCACAUGUCUGAGGCAAGUGACAGUGAAAAAGUCAGUAAUGAAGAAACUAGGGUGAGACAAAAAGAUGAAUACGAGCCUGAACACAAGAGAAGAGUUACAGAAGGUCAGGUUUUGGAACCAGCUGAUGCUGCUUCACAUAGAACCCUGAGAGAGCCUAGAGUUGUUGUCCAAACAACGAGUGAUGUUGAUAUUUUAGAUGAUGGAUAUCAGUGGCGUAAAUAUGGGAAAAAAGCAUUUACUGAUACAAGUGCUUUCGUUCGGCCUGUAAACACAUGUGUACCAAUUUCCGCCUCUACAGACUAUGAUGUGGUAAUCAUGUAUGAAAGAGGGGAUAUAUGCAAUGAUGAUUUCAUAAGUCAUCUUCGUGCUUCCCUCUGCAGGAGAGGGAUUUCUGUCUAUGAAGAAUUUAAUGUAGUGGAUGCAGUUCCAGAAUGUAAUGUUUUGAUCAUAGUAUUAACAAGUACAUAUGUCCCUUCAAAUCUCUUAAUCAUUCUUGAUCACCAACAGACAGAUGAUCGAGUGGUUUAUCCGAUCUUUUACAAACUUUCCCCAUAUGAUUUUAUCAGUAACAAAAAGAAUUAUGAAAGAUUUUUCCUCCAGGACGAGCCUAGUAGGUGGCAGGCUGCUUUGGAUGAACUAAGUCAGAUGCCUGGCUACACAUUGACAGAUAAGUCCGAAUCUGAACUUAUAGAUGAGAUUGUAAGAGACGUUUUAAUGGUGCUAUGUUCUAAGGAUGAGGUGAACAUGAUAGGGAUGGAUAUGCAAGUAGAGGAGAUUUUGUCACUGCUAUGCAUUGAGUCCCUUGAUGUUCGUAGCAUUGGUAUAUGGGGAACGGUUGGUAUAGGAAAAACAGCCAUUGCUGAAGAGAUCUUUCGCAAAAUCUCAGUCCAAUAUGAGACUUGUAUCUUCCUAAAGGAUCUUCACGAAGAAGUUAAAGUAAAAGGUCAUGAUGCUGUGAGAGAAGAAUUUUUGUCUAGAGUUUUGGAGGUAGAACCUCAUGUUAUUCGGUUUUCUGACAUUAAAACAAGUUUCUUGAGGAGUAGGCUUCAGCGUAAAAGGGUUCUCGUUAUUCUCGAUGAUGUGAAUGAUUACAGAGAUGUUGAAACCUUUUUGGGUAAACUUACCUAUUUUGGACCAGGAAGCAGAAUUAUUAUAACCUCUAGGAACAGGCGUGUUUUCGUACUCUGUAAAAUCGAUCAUGUCUAUGAGGUCAAGCCACUAAAUACUUCUAAUUCUCUACUACUUCUCAAUCGUGGGACACAUAGUGUUUUGUUACCUGAGGUUUACAGUGCAUUGUCACUUGAGCUGGUCAGAUUUUCAAAUGGAAAUCCCCAGGUUCUUAAUUUCUUGAGAAAUAGAGAAUGGCAGCGGUUAUCACAACAAAUUCAGAAAACCUCUCCCAUUUACAUUCCAGGUAUAUAUGAAAGGAGUUGUUGUGGGCUUGAUGACUAUGAGAGGAGUAUUUUCUUGGACAUUGCAUGUUUCUUUAGAAGGAUGGAUAAAGACAACGUUGCAAUGUUGCUCGAUGGUUGUGGUUUCUCUGCGCAUGUUGGAUUUGGAAACCUUGUUGAUAAGUCCGUGUUAAGCAUGUCUCACAACUUGGUAGACAUGCACAGUUUUUUCCAAGCAACAGGUCGAGAAAUCGUUCGUCAAGAAUCACAGUGGCCAGAAUAUUGUAGUAGGUUGUGGAAUCAGGAAGACAUUGUAGAUAUAAUCAUACAUGAUAAAGGCACAUCAGCUAUUGAGGCCAUUUUCUUGGACAUGUCAAAGCUGAAAUUUGAUGCAAAUCCCAAUGUCUUCGAAAAAAUGUGUAAUCUCAGAUUGUUGAAAUUUUAUUGCUCUGAAGUGAUAGAGAACCGUGGUGUAUUGUUACCGCAAGGUCUUGAAUAUUUGCCUAGCAGGCUAAGGCUUCUCCACUGGGAGUAUUAUCCUUUAAGCACCCUGCCAAGGAGUUUUGAUCCAAGGAACCUUGUAGAGCUUAACUUGCCAAGUAGCUGUGCAAAGAAACUUUGGAAAGGAAAAAAGUGUCUGGAAAAGCUUAAAAAGAUACGACUCAGCUACUCUGACCAGUUAACAAAAAUCCCAAGACUUUCAAGUGCGCCAAAUCUUGAGCUUCUUGAUCUCGAAGGUUGUAACAGCUUGGUGUGCAUAAGCGAGUCCAUAUCUGAUCUCAAAAAGCUUGUCUUUCUGAAUCUAAAAGACUGUUCGAAGCUGGAGAGUGUUCCGUGUAUGCUUGAUUUAAAAUCUCUUGAAGUUCUUAAUCUUACAGGCUGCUCAAAGCUAGAGAAUUUCCCGGAGAUCUCACCAAAUGUGAAAGAAGUGUGCAUGGGUGGGACUAUGAUACAAGAAAUCCCGUCAUCGAUUAAGAACUUGGCAUUGCUUGAAAAACUGGACCUAGAAAACAAUAGACACCUCAAGACUCUUCCAACCAGCAUCUGCAAGUUAAAGCAUCUUGAAACACUGAAUCUGUCAGGCUGCACAAGCCUGGAUCGGUUUCCGGAUUUGUCGAGAAGGAUGAAAUGCUUAAGGUUUCUGGAUUUAAGCAGGACAUCAAUUCGAGAGUUACCUUCCUCAGUGUCGUACCUGACUGCUCUUGAAGAACUGAGAUUCGUGGACUGUAGGAACCUUGUAAGAUUGCCUGAUAAUGCGUGGAGCCUAAGAUUCAAGGUUGAGUUUCGCCAAAUUGACACAGAGAAGUUUUCAAGACUAUGGAAUAAAUUUGGAUGGCUCAAAAAAGUUCAGAUCUCAUAGUUUCUACAUCUCUUCUACUCCCUGGAAUGGACACAAUAAAGAGUGUUUUAACUGCCUCCUCCAAUGUAAAAGUGCCAUAGUCUGAUUCUAUAUAUGAAUCCAGAGAGUUUGAUAUUCCAUUAUAUGCACUGCAGAGAGUAGUUAACUAGUUAUCUGGUAAUGAUAUUGUUCAAAAUCUUUAUAUGUUACUUUUUGUUCUUAGUAUUUUAUUAAGUGAGAGAUUAUUAAAAGAUUUAGUGCUA